UUGUUUUUUGCUCCUCAUCAUUAAACUCUCUCUCUGGCUAUAAACAAAACAACUGUUUCAAACUCUCAACUAUGUCUUCUGUCUCAUCUUCUUCUCUUCCCACAACCUCUUUCUUCUCUACAUUCUCCAAAUUCCAAUUUUGCCCUCCUUCAUUUUCUUCUUCAUGCCCUCGUGUGAUAUGUCAUGGAGGCUCCAACGUUCAACACGUGGCAACUGACCUCAAGUUCUUCUUGCAUGAUGCUCUUGAUGCUUCUGGAAUUGAUACUGCUCAUGCCAGAGAAGCCAGGGAAGGAUUCUGUUCACAAAUUAAGAGACUUACUGAUAUUGAGAAAGAAACCAGCAUUUGCAUUAACAGGCAUGUUGAUUUGGGUAGAACUGCUCUCUAUAUAGCUGCAGAAGAUGAUUCUCUGGUAUCUCAUUCAUCGGUUCCACUUCCUGUCGAUGCUUUCGUUGCAAGAUUAGAUGAUCUUUCAAUGGACUACUGUCCUCACUACACCCCUUCAUAUGAUUCAUCGCCUGAGAAGUUUUUAGAGAGCAUAGAAAGAUUUUUGUAUGUUCACAAGGGUUUCAGAAGAACCAGUGCAAAUCUAUUGGAGCCACAAGCACUCUAUCUUCACUCGGUUUUGACUCAUCGUUCGGGAUCACCUGCAAUGCUGUCACUUAUAUACUCAGAAAUUCUGAAAAUGCUUCGUUUAUGGGGCCUUUUGUAUUUUGAUGCUGAAAUUUUCUACCCUCAUGAUAUUUUUAAUGUUCCUAAAGGCUAUCAUAAGCUGAAAAGCAAGGAGUCAGACCAAGCGCACAUAAUGACAUCAGGGAAUCUAUUGGUUGAGAUAUUAAAUAAUCUGAAGCAUGCAUUCUGGCCUUUUCAUCAUGAUCAUUCAAAAACCUUAUUUUUAAGGGCAGCACAUGCAGCAAACUGUGUUGACAGAUCUGAUUUUGUUGGAGAAAGUGGCUCUCAAAUUGCUUCAGCUAAGGCUGCUCGACAUAGACUGGAUCGAGGUGUUUGGACCACUGUGCGCUUUGGCGACAUGAGGCGUUCAUUGUCUGCAUGUGAACGCCUUAUCCUCCUUACAAAUGAUCCAAAUGAGCUAAGAGAUUACAGCAUUCUCCUCUAUCAUUGUGGAUUAUACGAGGAGUCGCUACAAUACCUGACGAAGUACCAGGAACAUAAGAACUCAUCUACACAAGUGCUGACAUCAUCAGACUCUGAAAGUGACAUGGAAGAAGAUGCUGCCGUCGAUAAACUAAUAACGCGAUUGAAUCUCAUCCAGUUGGAGCAAGGAUGGAGUCAGCCGUCCGUUGCUAGAAAGUUUCUCGGUAAUAACUCUGAUCCAUGGUAGUUCCCCUUUCAUUUCAAUCACGACAACAUCAAAGAAGAAUUUUGGUCAGCUGAUAAUUGAAAUGAAAGCUAAUAGUUCAUGGCAGCAAGUUUUACUGUGUUUUCUGGACACAGCAUGAGACUUUUGGAUAUAUGAAGCUGUAGUUGUUCCAAUAGCUUGCAAGCUCAGCAAUCAUACAUGUAAAAGCGAGGUUGCAACUUCUGAAGUGGACGAGAUUGUCCAAUAAAUGGAAAGACAACAUAUAGAUACACAGAAAGUAACAACUAUAUAUUAUACAGGGAGCAAAGAAAAAUCUGUACCUAUUACCAGUAUUCUUACAGUAUAAUAAUUACGUACUUUUACGUGUAUUUCUCCUGUGAUAUUCAUGUAAAUUCUAUACCAGCUUUAUUUAACAUUACAGUUUAUUUAUACAAAAAAAA